GAUGGCUGCAUUUCCUCGAGCAAAUCAGGAGUGCGGGCUAUCAGCCAGCGGUCCACAUCACUAGAGCCGGCCCAGCCAGCGCUCAUUCCUCCUGUCCGCCCGUCCGAGAGAGUGAGCGUGAGCCGCCGCCAGUGGACCGAGCGGGUCACUUCUAACAAAAAGAAAUUGCAUACAGUUUGGAACAACUUGAGGGUGAGAUGGUGAGAGGAGGUAAGGAGUGAGGCCAUGGGCUGCACCUCGGCUAAGCAGGUGCUGGCUGUGCCCACCGAAGAAGAGGGCCGGGGCAAAGCUUACAGCAACGGAGACCUCUUCACCGAUGAAUAUAAGAUUAAGGGAGUGGAGGAGGUGAAGUACAUGCGUGGAGAAGAGGACAGGGUGAAUGCACGUAACCAGGAGAACCUGGAGAAAAGCUCAACACAGCACAGGACCAAACAGCACAAAGAGGUGCCUGGGCCCAGCGCCAACAGGACGAACAUACAUACGUCAGAGAGUCAGCAGGAGUUCUUCAGAAUGCUGGAUGAGAAGAUUGAAAAGGGUCGGGACUACUGCUCGGAGGAAGAGGAUGAUGUGACAUAGCAGAGAGGUCUCGAUUCGUGACAAAGAUAGAAAGAGAGAGAGAGAGAGAGUGAACUCAAAUCAGUGUCUCUAUGUCUGUAAAACUCUAUCAGUUUGAGAGACAGUAUGUGUGCGAGAGUGUGUGUUUGUCAGAGUAAAAGCAAGCAGGACUAUUCCACAUCGGCUGUUGCACCCUUUACCCCUCUCCUCUUGGGGUUGCCCUGCUUGGAGAUCUAGAUGGUUGGAUGAAGAAGCAACAGCUUGAUUUGACUUAUUAUCAACAGACUCACUCUGACUUGAUAUUGGGACCCUGCCCCCUUCAAUCCACCUCCUCUGUGCUCCUAUGGCCAGCAUUGAACCAGCCCCCUUCCUACCCAGCUGUGACGGAGGGCCUCGCCUAACCAUUUGAGAGAGAGAUGUUAUGUAGAGGAAAGAUGAAAGGAUAUGGAGAGCAGAAAGACACCAUGCCCCUCCCAGUCCUUUUUUAAGUGGCAGGCCAGAGAAACACUGACAUGGAGGGAAGAGAGGAGAGCUUACCAUCACAUCCUCUGGAGAUAGCAGGGGAUGAAUGUAAAGAUGGAGUGUUGUGGGGGUUUUCUAGGUGGGAAGGGGGAAAUGAAAAAUAGAGCUAUUUUAUUAGAAGCGAUUAUAUGAACGAAUUUUGAUAUUUUGAUAAGAGCAAUGUGGCCGAUUUGUUUUUUGUUCUGUUUUUUUUUUUUUUUUACUGAUAUGGACUCCUGCCUUUUGAAGGACCUUUUUUAAUUUGUGGAGGUUGUUUGUUUGUUCCAUUUGUAUGGUUUUUUUUUUUUUUGCUUAUUGAAUAGUUCAACACCCUCCUCAAACUAGUGCUGUAAAGGUCAGGAUUGUGCAGUGACCCCAUAACACACUCGCAUAAACACACACAAAGACUUGCAGCUAAAAUAUAUCACCACACCCUCUUUCCACACACACAAGUUCGCACUUUCUAUUUGUAUAUCCUGCCAUUAUUUAAGUUCUCAUAAAUGGGCGGAAAUCAGGACAGUCUAGUUACCAACUGUUUACUGUUGCCCACACACGCACACACAUAUCCAAAAAUAUCCUUUACAGCCAGUCAUAUAGGCAGCAAUUUACUUACAGAUCCAUAUUGACUGUUUAUGCUGCUCUGUUAAUACAGGUAAUGGGACUGUGAUAAGUGUAGAAGAGAGCUAGGAUUGUCUAACUGUUGUUUUUGUGUGUUAAACAGGGCUGUGUUUGUGUUAAUCUGUGUCAGAGUCAGGGCUGACUGUGUUAAUCUUUGUUGACGGGAUGUCUGUCUCAGAAAAGGGUUUGAUCAUUGUUAGCCUCGUGUCAAAGUUUUUCGUCGUAGCCCUGUUUGUUUAGCUGCAGGGUUUCUUUUUUUGUUUGCCAUUAUCCCUUCUCUGUCCCUCACCCUGCUUAUUUCACUCAGUAGUAUUAAAGCAUUCAGGCUGGUCUCUGACUCUGAACCAGUAUGAGGUGGGGUGGGGGUCACUCCGGUGACACAGCGCUGGCCAGACAUCCGUCAUCAUGGUUACUGGAUUGAAUCCUUUUUACAUUUUAUUUUCAUUGUUUUCUUUUUCUAUUAAAGAAAUAAGACACAUGAGCUUUUGGUUUCUAUUUCUGAGUGCUACCUCACUGAUUAAUUGUUUGGCGCGUGUAGGUAUUGCUGACACCAUUAAUCCAUUCCAGCAUCAUAUUUCCUGUUGGUGGUCUGACUCAUAACGUUAAAAAUACUUUAAUGGUUUCUGAGGAAGAGUUUCAAAUGCACAUAUGUGAAGAUUACAUAUCUGGGUUAAUAUAUUAAACCUUACAAAUAUACAAUGUGUUGGAGAAUAGGCUGUCCAGCGUGUCACGUUUUUACCGAAAUUCUACAUGGAUGAGGCAUUUGGAACAGCUGCUAAACUAACAACAAGAAGCAAAUGCGCCUGUGACUUAUUUCAACACACUUGAUGACGUUUGUCUCCAUCUGGUGGUUGAAGAGCGGAACUACACCAGAAAUCUCAACAGGCGCAUAACGCCUCAGAGCAACGUACUAAUUAAUAGUAGGGGUGCCCAAACUACGGCCCUCUGAAAUGUUUUGACCGGCCUGCACUGGAAGCUCGAGACUGCUUUGGUGGUUUUUCAUACCUGUAAGACUGACAAUAGCGUGAGCCAAUAGCAUUCGUGUGCAGAAUGUUAAGGAGCAUAUCAUUAGGCUCGUUCAAGAUGAGUAAACUCUGCGCAUCGGUGAUUACCGCGAGGUGCAUGCCGGUCAGAAAUUUGUCCGAGUUUGGUCAGAGAUUGUUUAGCAGAGAUGGGCCACUUCUAUUCAUAUGAAUGGGAGAAAUGGGACUGCUCAACCAAGUAGCUCGCACCCAACGGUCAACGGAUGUAGAAAGGAAGUCCCGCCUUACAGUUAAAAGAGCCAAUCACCUUUUAGAUAGUCAUCACCUGUCAAUCAAACUUUAAAACGUGCAUACGCAUUAGCUAUACAAGCCGGGAAAAUUGCGGUUGUUUUGCGUAAUAUGAGGAAAAGAAUCACAGUUAAUGAAGUAUUGUUAGGUUUGAUUGCUGAUUUGAAAUAUGUUCUUUGGUCGUAAUAUUGACCAAACGUUUUUGAGAUUUUGGUCUUUCUCCAUUCAAGUGGCUAAGAGCUGCACUGGCAUGACUGGAAAUAGCCUACCGAGAGCGUUCCAAACAUGGCCGACAGUGGACUGACUUGCUAGAAAGACUUUGGUGUGGUCCGACUUGCUGUGAUGUCAUGCUGACGUAUGCCAAAAACUCUCGCGACGUCGAGGCGGCCGCAGUUGCCCUCCCCCGACUGCGCUGACUAAAGGCACGAUGGGAAACGACUUGCUGACCACACAGCUUAAUGCUCAUGUUGAACAGUGCUCAGAUGUUUCGUUAUCUUCUAAAAUGUUUGUUUUUUUAUAUAUUUUUUAAAUCUCUAAUAUCAUGUUUUAUGUGUAUAAAUUAUCUGUGAAUAUUCCCAACACUUUGACAGUAAGAUCUUUGAAUGGGAUAUGUGAUUUUUAUCAUAUUUCUGAAAUAUCUCAAAUAUGUGUCUUCAUUAAACUAAAAAUGGAUGGAAAGACACGUCUUAUUGGCGAAAUUAAAUAACGGGUACCUUAAAGUUGGAGGAAGUCAUUUUAAACCAAUACACUUUUUGUCAAAUUCCAUGAAUGUCUCUUCACGGUUCACUAGCUGUCCCUUCUGUGUGCGCUGAAAAAAAAAUAAUCCGGUGUUUGUACACAGCCCUGGCUCUGUAAAUGGGAAAAUAAACAAAGUGGAUCAGACCGAUCCACAACAACA